GGAAUUCAUCGAAUUUAUCUUCUUACUCCAUUUAGUUCCAUAUCUCUAAUAAAUACUCCAAAUAAAAAAAAACUACAAUUAUUUGUAUCUUCUUCUGGGCACAAAAACUCUGCAUAUAUUCUCUUCUCCUCUCUAUAAUUCCCAAAACCAACCCCAUUUCAAUUCUUUCACCAAUUAAAAUCACCCUCCUCUUCAAUUCCGUGAUUUCCAACAGACGUUCCUGUCUGAAAUCUUGGAUUUCUAUCAAAAAUUUAUCAAAAAUAGUCUUCGACGAGCACAUUCUUGAUAAAUUCGCAUGUUUCUAAUAGUGACACCUUCAGGCACAAGAGAAAAAUACGUGUGUUUCUAGUAGUGACACCCUCCAGACACAAGAGAAAACUACGUGUGUUUCUAGUAGUGACACCCUCCAGACACAAGAGAAAACUACGCGUGUUUCUAGUAGUGACACCCUCCAUACACAAGAGAAAACUACGUGUGUUUCUAGUAGUGAAACCCUCCAUACACAAAAGAGAAAUACGCGUGUGUUUCUAGUUGUGACACCCUCUAGAUACACUAAAAAUGGCUAGUCAUCAUGAACAUACAUACAUUGUUAGUACUGAUGAUGACGAAGAAGAAGAUGAUUAUGAUGAAGAAAUUGUCGAAGAAGAUGAAAGCGCGUACUCCCAACAUAAGUUUAGCAAAAUUCAUGAACCAUGUAGUAGUAGUGGUGGUCGUGAUGGCAGAAAUGAUAAAGUUGGAUUAAACAUCAUCAUAGGAUUAUUUUUCUCAAGAAAUAAAUUCAUUGACCCUAAAGCCCAAUGGGUUCAAGAAUGGAACAGAGUUUUCUUGCUAGUAUGUGCACUUGGUCUUUUUGUUGAUCCACUUUUUUUCUAUGCAAUUUCUAUAAGUGAAAGUUGUAUGUGCCUUUUCAUCGAUGGGUGGUUCGCCGUCGCCGUGACGGUUUUCCGGUGUAUGACUGAUGGUUUACAUGUAUGGAAUAUGUGGUUGCAAUUCAAGAUGAUGAUAAAUAGAAGAAGAAAUAUGCCAUACUUGAAGUCUAACAAAGGUUUCUUGUUUGAUCUCUUUGUCAUACUCCCUUUACCUCAGCUAGUGAUGUGGGUAGGAAUUCCAAUUCUAUUGGAAAAAGAUUUAACAACAACAGUGAUGACAGUUUUAUUAAUUAUAUUCUUAUUUCAAUAUCUUCCCAAAAUCUAUCACUCAAUUUGCCUCUUGAGAAGAAUGCAGAAUCUGUCUGGCUACAUUUUUGGCACUGUUUGGUGGGGAAUUGCACUUAAUACCAUUGCUUAUUUUGUCGCAUCGCACGCUGUGGGAGCAUGUUGGUACUUGCUAGGUAUUCAAAGGGCAGCCAAAUGUCUAAAAGAACAAUGCAUAGUUACAAAAGGUUGUGACCUAAAAAUGUUGGCAUGUGAAGAGUCAUUUUAUUAUGGAACAAGUAGUUUGGUGAAGGAAAAAAAUAGAUUGAUGUGGGGAGAAACAAGUAAUGCAAGAUUUACUUGUCUUAAAAAUGGGCAAAAUUUUGAUUAUGGAGCUUAUAAAUGGACUGUUCAACUUUUCUCAAAUGAAAAUCAUAUUGAGAAAAUAUUACUUCCAAUAUUUUGGGGCCUCAUGACUCUAAGUACAUUUGGGAACUUGGAGAGCACAACAGAUUGGCUAGAACUGAUUUUCAUUAUCAUAGUUCUUACCUCUGGCCUAAUUUUGGUCACCAUGUUCAUUGGAAACAUUAAGGUGUUCUUGCAUGCAACAACAUCAAAGAAACAAGCAAUGCAACUAAAGAUGAGAAAUGUAGAAUGGUGGAUGAGGAGAAGAAGGUUACCUAGAGAGUUAAAGCAAAGGACUAGAAAUUUUGAAAGGCAAAAAUGGGCAGCAAUGCGUGGUGUUGAUGAAUGUGAGAUGAUUAGAAAUCUUCCUGAGGGUCUUAGGAGGGACAUUAAGUACCAUUUGUGCUUGGACUUGGUCAGACAGGUACCUUUAUUUCAACAUAUGGACAGUUUGGUGCUAGAGAACAUAUGUGAUCGUGUGAAGUCCUUGAUUUUCACUAAGGGGGAAACAAUAUCUAGAGAAGGAGAUCCAGUACAAAGAAUGUUAUUUAUAGUAAGAGGUCACCUCCAAAGUAGCCAAUAUUUACGAGAUGGUGUCAAAAGUUAUUGCAUGUUAGGUCCCGGAAAUUUCAGUGGAGAUGAACUAUUGUCAUGGUGUCUCCGGCGACCUUUCGUCGAGCGGUUGCCACCAUCGUCCUCGACGUUGGUGACCCUCGAGACCGUCGAAGCCUUUGGCCUCGAGGCCGAAGAUGUCAAGUAUGUGACGCAACAUUUCAGAUAUACGUUUGUAAAUGAGAAAGUAAAAAGAAGUGCAAGGUAUUAUUCACCAGGGUGGAGAACUUGGGCUGCUGUUGCUAUUCAAUUAGCUUGGGGAAGAUACAAACAUCGAUUGACAUUUUCUUCUCUGUCUUUUAUUAGACCAAGAAGGCCAUUGUCUCGUUGUUCUUCGCUCGGGGAGGAUCGACUAAGACUAUAUACUGCUUUGUUGACUUCACCAAAACCUAAUCUAGAUGAUUUUGAUUUCUAAAAUCAUUUUGAAAAAUAUAGUAUACUUAUAGUAAGUCAUCUGACUUAUGUUUGAUAUAUUUUCUUUGAUUCGAUUAAAGGUUUCAUCUAUUAUGAUCCAAAUUUAUAUUUUUAAUCAAUUGUUUUUCAUGUAUAUUAGUCUAUAAAUUUUUUGAUAUAUGAUCGAGUGA